GCGCCGUCCCCGGCGCUCCCGGGCGGUCCCCGGCGCUCCCGGGCGGCUGCCGCCUCGCCCCGUCGUGCACGGGUCCCCCCCGCCCCGCGAAAGGAACGGCGAGGAUGUCCGGGAGCACGGCGAGGAAGGUGCAGCCCUUCACCAUCAGCACCAAGCUGUCGCUGCCCAAGUGCGCCGGCGGCUUCUCCGGGAGCGCCUGCCCCGGCAUCGCGCUCGCCUCCGCGCUGGACACGCACCGCGGGCUCCGCCGCAGCCUCAACCAGCGCAUCUCGCUCUACCUGGCCCAAGCCCGGGCUCCCGAGGGGCAGCCCCGCAGCCCCAGCCCCGGCCCCGGCGAGGACGGGGGCGCCGAGGAGGAGCGGCUGAGCCGCAGCUCCCUGGCUCGCUCCAUCAAGAAGAUCACGCUGUCCAACUGGCAUGGGGAGGCUGGCACGGCGGAACCAGGGGCACCCGGCGACCCUGCCCGGGCUGGCGGCGAGAGGAACCACAAUAACAACAACAGCAGGACGGGGAAAGCUCAGUUCAAGGUCUUCCUCAGGAAGGAUGUGGAUGCAGAAGACGAGCAGCAUGAAGCUGGGAGUCCCCGGGCUGGUGGCUUCUGCUCUCCAGUGGACAGAGGCUCGCCCUUCUAUGCGCUGGCAGGACCCCUGGCAUCAUCACCCCGGAGAGAGAGCCCCAAGGCCAAGGAGCCCACAGCAGCACCAAAAUGCAGUGGGCGAAGCGGCGCAAGAAUGUCCCCUAUCCUCGACCUGAGUCCUCUGGUAGCCCAAUUCAACCGGGAGAUGUUGCAGGCGGAGGGCUGGGUGCGAGGCAAACUGCGGGACCUGAAAGAUGGCUGCGACCUCCAGGACUGGGAGGAGGUAGCUCAGACACUGCAAAGGGACAUGAAAGAUUUUGAGAACACACUGAUAAAGCUCAACCAGAUGGGUGAGCAGCUGAUGUGGCAGGUGAGCCCCAGUGCAGAGGGGGUGCGGAGGCAGUUGCUGGCCCUGAAGGACCAGUGGCAGCUCCUGAAGCAGACAGCUGUGAGCCAGAGCAAAGCACUGGGCGGGCUGAGGAGCCUGCAGGACUUCAACAGGAAAGCUGAGCGACUUGAAGAAUGGAUCAGGCACAAGGAGGAGAAGCCCUCCGUGGUAGCCCUCUUGCAGGAAUAUCCAGAAAAGAUCCAGCUUGCCCGCCGCAUCCUUGACUUGAAGCAGGAGGAGCAGCAGUUCCAGAAUCUGCAUGAGGAGCUGAACAGCCUGGCCCAGAAGCUGGAGAAACAAGGCAAAAGUGAGAGCAGGAGCAUCUCAGCCCGACGCAAGCACCUCAACAAAAUGUGGCUGCGGCUGCAGGGGACCCUAAAGGAGCACCAUGAGGCUCUGCAGCUGGCCCUGGAGGUGGCCACCUUCCUUCAGCAAGCAGACGCCCUGCUCGGAGCCAUCCAUGCCAAGAAGAGUGUCUGUGGUGUGGGGAAGUCAGGAGAGGGCGAUCCAGGCCGGGAUCGGGAUGUCAGGGACAUAGCCAGCCAGGUGAUGAUGCUGGAUGUGACUGUGUCCCAGCUCCUCAGCCUGCAGCCCAGCCUGGCAGCCCGAGUCACCCCCAAACACCGAGAUGUCAAGAAGAGCUGGGUGCAACUCCAGGAGGCACUGAGGACAGAGAAGACUCCAGCGCUGGCAAGCAGUUCCUUGAGGGGCAAAGCUGCGGCUCCAAGUGCGAAGCCUCGAGGAGAGGAUAGCAAUUGUGGGGCUGUGGGGAAGGAGGCAGGAGACAAAUGGACAAGAGGUCUUGGGAGCAUGGUGCUGAAGGACGUGCCGGGGAAAGUGGUGGAACACAGGAGAGGGGAGAAGAGCUGCCCUGGCUCUCCAGCAAUGGGGCAGCCACCUCAUGGCAAAGACAGUAAAAGGAGGAGGAGAGAGAACGAGGCUGAGUGUGAGACACGGCAGCUGGAGGCCCAGGUGCAGGACAUCUGUCAGGUGGUGAACGUGGAAAGUGCGGAUCCUGGUGUCCCCCCGUCUCUGGUGAGGCAUGUGGAGAGUGUGGGGACAGCACAGAAGCAGCAGGAGCCCUCGGACUGCAGUGCCAGGACUGAGCUGGAAGGGCCAGCACCAGGGGAACCUCCAGGGAGCCCGCAGGUGGAGGCCAUGCUGCGGGAGCUAGGGGAGCUGUGGGAAGACCUGCAGAGGAAGCACCAAGAGAAUGGCGCUGUGCUGAGGGAAAUUGAUAAGGCACUGAGGCUGGUGGGGGAGCUGGACCGGGCUGAGCAGUGGCUACAGUCUGUGGCUGGGUCACUCUCGGAGCCAGCCACCAUGAGAAGCCCAGUGGAGCUGCGCCAGGACCUAGAGGAGACAGGCCAACUGGAGAGGCAGCUCCUGCUGUGCGGACUCAAGCUCCAGGCACUGCGGGAGGAGGCUGUGAGCGAGCCACCAGCUGAGCACGAGGGGGCAAGGAAGAUGCAGAGGAAGGUGGAGAUGGUGGAGGAGAAGUUGGCACGUGUGCAGGCAGCCCUGCGGCGCCGGGCGGCAGAUCUGCGUGACUCCCUGGUGCUGUCUGAGUUCCUGCAGGACCUGCAAGAGGAGGAGGCACGGAGCCGGCAGGGACCUGCAGUGUCAGGGAGUGGGCAUUGUCGCUUACAGGGGUCUUUUCCCCUGAUCUCGGCCCAGGCCGGGCAGCCAUUGAGCAGCGAGGAGAUGAUCUGCCCCUUGGGAGAGCUGCAGGAGGCUGUGGAGAUGUUGAACGAUGCGGCAAAGGAGCGGGAACGGGUUGUGGAGGUGGCAGCGGAGACAGAGAGCCUGGAGCGCCUGGUGGCAGAAGUGUCCCCGCACUUGGAGGCCCUCCGAUGCAAAGCUGAGGCACUGGCUCAUGAUACUGCCCAAGCUGAAAGCGGCUUCACCACAGUGAAGAGUGAGAAGGAUCUCCAGGGGGUGCAGGGUUUGCUGAGACAGCAGCAGGAGAUGGAGCAUGCAGUGGCAGAGACCUUGCAGGGGCAGAUGGAGGAGCUGGAGAGGGCAGCUGCCCACUUGCAAGAGCUCUGCCCUGCUCGGCUGUGCCCUGUCAGCCAGGAUGUGCAGCGAACACUGCAGGCCUGGGAAAGGCUGCAGGAGCUGCUGCAGAAGACCCGCGCCGGUGUGCAGCAGGCUGGCCAGCUGCGGCUCUUCUUCAAGGAUUACUUAGCCAUGAUCUCCUGGACUGAGGACACGCGGGCCCAGAUCUUCUCUGAAAGCCCAAGUGUCCAUGGCCUCCCGGAGACUCCAUGUGAGGAGCUGGAGAAGAGGAUUGAAGGGAAGCUUAAGGAGUUCGAGGUGCUGGCGGCAGCGGGGCAGCAGCUGGUGUCUGAGGAGCACUACCUGAGUGCAACAAUAAAGGAACGCCUGGAGGAGCUGCGGAGCAUGCUGGGCUGGGUGCUGGUGCGCUGGCGAGCACAAAGGCACCAGCGGGACCCAGAGAGCAAUAAGGAGGACAGAAAGGACCCGGAAAGCCCCUUGGGCCCAUCUCCUGCUGGCCAAGAGCAGUGCACCCCAUGUACUCAGCCCUGGCUGGAGAGCAUCCGCAGCCCAGUAGGGUUCAUACCCUGCUCUUCCCCCAAGCCUGUACAAAGAUCUGAGCCACAAGGGCCAGUGAAAAUGGCCAGCUUCCCACUGGCAUCAUCCCUCUCGGAUGCCCCAUCAGCAGUGGAGAGAAACUGGGGGGAGCUCAGCAGCAUGACACCCCAUGGCACAGGAACCCCUGAGGAGACUGUUGGAUGGGAUUCUGCUGAGACCUCCACACUCCUGCUGCCACCAGGCCCCGCUGGAAUCGGGGGGACGAUCAACCUCAUCCUCAACAUUAACAAGAAGGGCGAGAAGAAAAGGGUGCAGAUGGUGGCCGACAGUGAGCGACCAGGGGAGGAGGAGCUACGGAUGCUCUCUGGCACUAAACCCUCAGGCUGUAAAACCUUUUGGAAGCGUUGCCAGGGGCUUUUAGGAAACACUUGGGGUAGUUUAAAGCGAAAGAGAAAGCCGCCUCACCAGCUGGUGGAAGAGGUGGAGGCUGUGAAAACCUCCAGCGUGAAGCGGCUGCCUGCCAUCACUUGCUACCCUCCAGCAUCCAGCAGUGAGACUCCGUCUGUCUCCCACACCCUGCCCAAGGCCGGGGCUGUCUCCCUCUUCAACAGCUUGCAGCGGCGGGAGCGGGCACGGGCUGAACAAGCCCGGCUGCUGACACUGCAGGGCAUCAUGGGCACCAGCUCCCUGCAGCCCACACCUGAGGAGCGCCAUGGCCCCAGCAACACAUGGCCUCAGAAAUGCGGCUGGAGGAAGGGGAGCCCAGGAACGGCCACUGCUGGACGCCAACUUGGGGAGCUGCUGCUCUAUGUCAGGAAUCCACUGGUGCGGGACAUCGAUGCUGAGUGUGGGGCCAUCCCUGGAGACCCCCGCGCCUCUGCUUCCAAAACUACGUGCCCCCACCUUUCCCUGGGCUCCGUGCUCAGCGUGGAGCUUCCCCGGGACAUGGCAGUCCUGAGGCAGCACCGAGGAUCCAUGGCACGGUGGGAGGAGGCAGAGGAGCAGGAUCAGAAGCAGGGCGAAAGGGUGAGGCAGUGGGAGCCCAGCAGGGAUGGACAGCAGGAGGAAGAGGUGGAUGUGGAUAGGCACAGUCCGCAGGGUUCCAGCGAGUGUCUGGAGACAUCCCCCAAGAGUGAACGAGGAACAUGGUUUGAGGAAGUGAGUUUCAACCCUAGCUAUAGCCAGCAAAGGGUGCACCAUGCUAAGGAGAAGCGCUGGAGCCCACAGUGCCCUGGCAGCACCAGUGAAGACCUGGACUUCAGGCCAAGCAGGCCAUCCCACGUUGGCAUGUUGCACGAGUGGGUCAGCCGGGAGAGUGACAAGGUGGCUGCCUGGCUGGGCCAGGAUGGCAGCCCCAGCAUCGCCAGCAAGGCCAGGCAUCAUGAAGCUUCUCUGCUGGAGCUCAGGUCAUCCCCCGCUGGCGUCCCAGGGAGGGCAAGACCCACCCCCAGCACUGCCUGCACACAGCAGCCAGCCAGCAGUGACCAGCCCAGAGGUUCUCCAGCUUCCCCCACCGCCCCCACGCGGCUCUCAGUCUUUGAGUGGGCACAGGGGUCCCCCCAGUCCCCCAGCCCUGUGCCAGCUGCCGGGGAGGUUUGUCACCCUGCCCACGGGCAGUUUGAGGAAGAGGAGGAGGAGCUGCAGGCCAUCUGGGAUGGUACAGGCGAGCAGCGGGUACCUAGCCCACCAGCAGGCAUCCGCGCCUGCCACCGGCCAGGGAGCAGGGCGGGCAGCCUGCCCAGCCCCAAAGUGACUGCUGGUGGGCCCCUCAUCCUUUCGGCAGCCAACAACAUGCUGGUGGCCAAGUUCACCCUUCCCACUGCCCCCCAGCUCCUCCACAGCCUGACGGAAAAGAAGAGCCCCGGUGUGGGGCACGCCAGUGGUGGCAGCCCCAGUGGUCACAGGGCAUCCCCCUGCACAGAGGAUCUGGUGUCUGCAGCCCCCUUGGAUGGCCCAGGUGCCUGGGAUCGGCGGAGGCGUGGGAAGGAGGAGAGAGAGGGUGGCAAGGCUGCCCCUGUUAAAACAGAGUUUCAGAUGAUGGAGGGUACACUGGAAAGGAAGCACGUGUUGCAGACAGGAGGGAGAAAGGCCAACUGCCGGGCCUGGGGCCUCUUCCAUGCUGUGCUGAUGAGGCAGACGUUGUGCUUCUACCAGGACCGCAGGGACAGCCUCAAGAGCUCCGUGGUGGCCCUUCCCCUGAAUCUCUCCGGAGCUGUCUGCACCCCAGACGCCGAGUACACCAAGAAGACCAACUGCUUCAGGCUACAGCUGCGGGAUGGCUCCGAGUACCUCCUGAGGGCCCCAUCCCAGCCCCUCAUGAACGAAUGGGUCUCCAAGCUGCAGCAAAACUCAGGUUUCCCCGAAGUGGAUUACUUCCAGGCGGCAGCACAGUGUGUCAAAGGCACUGGCAAUGCUGGGGGUUUCAGCAAGGUCCCCAGCCCCGCGAGUUCCCACCUCCAGGGACACCAUCAGAUCGUGACCACCAAGAGCCAGGAGAUUGUGGUGCUACCCCACUCAAAAGCCCAGCUGCAGUGGCCUCUGGGCAGCCAGGAUGGCCCAGCCGAUGGGGCUGCCGCAGCAGCAGAGGAUGCUGAUGAGGCUGGGCACAGGGAGCAGCAGUGGUCACCCAGGGGGUCCCCGGGACUGUGGGACAACAGCUGCCAAGAUGACGACUAUGGGCUGGUGGCCAACAAGAGGAGGUCCUACUCCUUCACUUCAGCCACCUACCAGAAGAUCACACCAGUGGCUGUGCCCAAGAAGUCAACGGAGGCUGGGAGCAGCUACUCAGUCACACUGUACAUUGGGGAGCAAGCACCGGCCGUGCCCCGGGCACGGUGUCACUCCUUGGUGGCCCGGACGGGGAGCCCACGGGACGUGGUGGGGGAGAAGACCCCCGGCCUCCCUCGCCCCAAGAACAAAUCAGUCUUCAAGAAGUUCUUUGGGAAGAAGGAGUGAGCCCCAGUUGAGAGGGAAAAAAGCCCCAGCCUGGCCUUUAUCCUUCUCUUGGGUGCCAUCCUGGCCCAGUCUCUGCUCCCACCACUGGCUCACUGCUUGCUACCUCCCCAAGGGAGAGAGGCUGCAGCAAACGUCUCUGCUCCAGACAGACCCGAGUCUGCACUGCACCCCAGCCACUGCAGCCCCUGGACUCAGCUCGGCACUGAGCACCCCUCCUGCCCACCCACAGGGUGCUCUCCCUGGGUGCCACUGGUCCCCCAGGCAUCUUGUUGAUGUGCAGCACAAGGAGGGACGGGGACGGGGGGGAUGGUUUUUAUUAAAAAGCAAACAGACACUUAGUCUGAGAGCUU